AGCUUCCCCAAGAUAAAAAUUAUAUACAUCUAUCUGUUCACUACACACUCUACGCACGUCUCACCUCUCACUUCACACACAUCAACAUAAUCGCAUAACCUCCAACAAAAUGGCUCGUCAAGGAAGAUCCGGUGGCGGAAGCCGUCCCUCAAGGCCUACCGUUGCCCCUGCCCGCCCAUCCGUGGCACCAAAGCAACAAACCCGCCCAGCAACCACUGCUGCAUACCCAGGAAACCGCGCCGCCGCUCCUCCAGCAGCUGCUGCUCCAGGUGCUGCCCCUGCGGCCGCUGCCCCAGCUGGCCCAGGCCUGUUCGCCAACAUGGCUAGCACUGCUGCUGGUGUCGCAGUUGGUUCCUCUAUCGGCCACGCCAUCGGUGGUUUCUUCGGUGGCGGCUCCUCUGCUGCCCCAGCAGAGGCCGAGCAGUCCCAGAUGACCCAGUCUCAGGGUUCGGCUGAGCAGAGCAACUGGGGAGCAAGAAGCUGCGAGGUCGACGCGAAGCAGUUCACAAAGUGCUUGGAUGAGAACCAGGGCAACAUGCAAACUUGCUCGUGGUACUUGGAGCAGCUGAAGGCCUGCCAAUCUGCUGCCAGCGGUUACUAGAAUUUCAAUCGAGGGUUAGAAGGGGGGUUGAGUUGUACGAAGUAGAUUGUUUUUCUGUAUAUAAUGCGUGCUAUCAAGACAUACCCGCUAUAGGCCAUGAACGGUAAUAUUCCGGAUGGGAGUCUUGAUUCCAACUCCUGGAACUCCACUCUAUCAAUGAUAACCUGUUGCAAC